AUAGUAGAAAAUACAAAUAAUCAUUUAACCGCUCCGUGGAGUUCAACGAACAAAUGAAUCGGUUAUCACUUUUGUUACAUUGUUAAUUGUCUUCUACUUUUUGAAUGUAGGAAAUUAUUGUGGUUUUAGACAAUCAUCUGAAUGACGAUGAAAUGAAGGUGAUCAGAGGUAUAUCCAUAGUAGUUGGAGCAAUAAUAAUGUUCCCUGUGAUAGUUUUGCUUGUGUAUCGUCUUAACAGAACGCUGCAGUCAUUUGCUAACUCGUUGAAGAAUAAAACAUUGGAUUUAGAACAUGAACGAAAAAGAUCCGAACAAUUACUCUACCGAAUGUUACCUGUUGCCAUAGCCAAGCGCAUGAUGAAGAAAAAAACUAUAGUUCCAGAGUAUUUUAAAUCUGUGACGGUAUACUUUUCCGAUAUAGUUGGAUUUACAACUAUCUGCUCCAAGAGUUCACCAAUGGAAGUUAUUUAUAUGUUAAAUGCUUUGUACAGUGUGAUGGAUGAACGAAUAGAAAAGUUUGAUGUGUAUAAAGUAGAAACGAUAGGUGAUGGCUACAUGAUGGUUUCUGGUUUGCCAAUAAGGAAUAAAGACAGACAUGCACUGGAAGUAGCUUUAAUGGCAUUAUAUAUAUUAGAAAUAGUCAGUGAAUCGGAAAUUCCACAUUUACCAGAUGAGAAAUGGCAAAUACGAAUUGGAAUACAUACAGGUUCUGUGGUUGCUGGUGUUGUUGGAACCAAAAUGCCUCGAUAUUGUCUGUUUGGUGAUACUGUCAACGUUGCAUCUCGGAUGGAAUCAACAAGUAAAUCCUGCAUGAUUCAAAUUUCUUCCACAACGAAAUGUGCUCUUGAACAACAUCCAGGUUUUUUGUUGCAAAGACGGGGUGAAAUGAUUAUCAAGGGAAAAGGAUUAAUGGUGACAUAUUGGUUGAUGAGACACCAAACGAUUCGUAACUGUUCCGACUGCAUGGAUCAAGAUUUAUUUAUCACCGACGAACAUGAUACAGAAAUUAACGACUGAUUAUAUAGUUUGGCUUAAAACUAUUUUCAUUAUAACUAAAUAGUCAUUUAUGUUUAUUUGAAAUAUUUACUAAGUAUUUAAAUAUAAUGAAGAUGAACAAUUGAUAAUAAAUUAUGUGAUAACACCCCGACACUAAUGAUAUGUAUAUAUCCGUUCUUUAGUCCUUCUAUCAUUCUGAAAUCCAACAAUAGUUGGAACAUCUGACGUUGUCUACAGAUCUUAUUAUUGGUACA